AUGGCGUUACCGAGGGCCCAACGAGCAUUGCCACGACUGUUCCGCCGUCACUAUUCGGGGGCACCGUCUCCCAAAGCAAAGCUCAACUUGCCAAUCGACUACAAAUCUACUCCUCUUCUCUAUCACACACCAUCCGCUUUAUCGGGCGUCACCGAUUUCCCCGCCGCAGCCACCAGCAAACGCCUGAAUUACUUUCAAGCCAUUAACUCGGCCCUACGUACCGCUCUUUCAACCUCAGACAAAGUGCUUCUAUUUGGAGAAGAUGUCGCUUUCGGAGGUGUUUUUCGUUGCUCAAUGGAUCUUCAAACCGAGUUUGGAUCAGAUCGUGUCUUUAAUACACCCUUAACAGAGCAAGGGAUUGCAGGAUUUGCCAUCGGAGCAGCCGCUGAAGGGAUGAAGCCUGUGGCCGAGAUUCAGUUUGCCGACUACGUUUUCCCCGCAUUCGAUCAGAUUAUCAAUGAAGCAGCCAAAUUCCGAUACAGGGAAGGUGGUACCGGGAUUAAUGUUGGAGGUUUGGUCAUUCGGAUGCCGUGUGGCGCUGUUGGCCAUGGUGCACUAUAUCAUUCACAAUCGCCCGAAUCACUUUUUGCACAUGUCCCUGGUGUUCGCGUCGUGGUACCCCGAUCGCCCUCACAGGCCAAAGGAUUACUCUUAUCUUCCAUUUUCCAACAUAACGAUCCCGUCAUUUUUAUGGAGCCAAAGAUCCUGUAUCGAGCAGCUGUGGAGUAUGUACCAAAUGAGUACUACACAAUUCCACUCAGUAAGGCGGAGGUUAUCAAGCCUGGUAGAGACUUAACUGUUAUCUCAUACGGCCAACCAUUAUAUAUGUGCUCAGCCGCCAUCUCUGCUCUCGAAAAAGCUAUGCCUGGAGUUAAUGUGGAGUUGAUCGAUCUUCGGACCAUAUAUCCAUGGGAUCGCCAAACCAUCCUAGAGAGCGUACGAAAGACGGGAAGGGCAAUUGUGGUACAUGAGAGUAUGAUCAAUUAUGGUGUUGGUGCCGAGGUCGCGGCCACAAUACAACAGGACGCGUUCCUUCGAUUGGAAGCUCCAGUUAAAAGGGUAGCUGGCUGGAGUACUCAUACGGGUUUAACAUAUGAACAGUUCAUAUUACCAGAUGUCGCAAGGAUCUAUGAUGCGAUGAAACAAACUUUGGAGUAUUGA